AGGUCCCUAGCCAACAAGGAGAAGAUUUUAAAGAAAUGUCAGCUGCUAAGCAGGGUGUGAAGAAGCUUUGUAACUGUUCAACAUGUGACUAUUCAUGUCGCAGCCUAACUCACUUGAGGGCCCAUAUGCUAUCACACAGUGGUGCUCGUUCCUUUACUUGUGAGCAGUGUGGGUUUAAAACAAAGUCUCUGCGAUUAUUAAAGAAUCACACAAAAAGCCACUCUGAUGAAAAACCAUUUUCGUGUGACGUGUGUGACUAUCGUGCAAAAAGAUCUGGAGCUCUUAAAACGCAUAUGACUAUUCAUAGUGCAGAUCGUCCCUUCUUAUGUGAUUAUUGUGGCUUCAAAACCAAAACUAGGUAUCUAUUAAAAAAUCAUUUGAAAAGCCACUCUGAUGAAAAACCAUUUUCGUGUGAUAAGUGUGACUAUCAGACCACAUUUUCUGGAUCUCUUAAAACGCAUAUGACUAUUCACGGCGCAGAUCGUCCCUUCUUAUGCGAUCAUUGUGGCUUCAAAACCAAAACUAGGUAUCUAUUAAAAAAUCAUUUGAAAAGCCACUCUGAUGAAAAACCAUUUUCGUGUGAUACGUGUGAUUUUCGGGCUAAACUUCGGGGCACUUUGGCCACACAUCGAAGAAUGCACACUGAAGAAAAACCUUAUAAAUGUAACCUCUGCGAUUAUCAAGGUAGGCAGCAUCAUCAUCUUAAGGACCAUAUGCAUACUCAUACUGGGCAAAGACGGCUUAAACCCUUUCAUUGUCUCGAAUGUGACUUUAAAACAACUACCGCACACAUGUUGGGAAUUCACAUGCUUACACACACCGGUGAGAAACCAUUCCAAUGUGAAAAAUGUGACUAUUCAACAAAGACAAAAAGUGCCUUGAAGAGUCACGGUCGCAUACACUCUGCAGAAAAACCUUACAAAUGUUACUUGUGUGAUUAUUCUGCUAAACAUAAACGGUCAGUUACCACACAUAUACGUACCCAUCACACUUUUGAUCGGAUUUAUAAAUGUGAUUUGUGUGAUUAUUCUUCAACGCAGUCAACUCCAUUACAAGUUCACAAGCGGACUCACACCGGUGAGAGACCAUAUCCUUGCUCUCACUGUGACUACAGAGCAGCUACAAAAUCAAAUUUAAUUUAUCAUGUGAGAACCCGUCAUACUGUGUCAGCAGAAAAGCUGUUUAAUUGUGAAUACUGUGAUUACAGUGGACCUUUUGAAAAGAACCUCACAGUACAUGUCAAUAAAAUUCACAAGGACCCUCACAGAAACGGUCCUCGUGUGAUCAGUGCGGCUUCAAAACUAGAACUUUUAGAUAACUAAGAAGUCAUUUGGAAACUCAGAUGAUAAAAAGUCUUAUUCUGAGGAUUUGCAAUAAAGAGAAGUAGUAGGUAUCAGUGUAAAUGUGUGAGUUCCAUUCCAGUGCAGACAGCUUAAUUAUUUUAAACUUCACACAAAUUGCCACACGCUAACCUAACCCUUUCAAUGUUGAAUGUG